AUGGCAAGCUCGUGGAAUACGUUAGAACCUAAGCUCAGCCCACAAGUGUUCGUAUCUGAUAGUUUCCAUCGUAGCUCAGCGGCCUCAAGCAACAGUUUGGACGUUAUAGACGUAAUGGGGUUCGAAUGCAUGACUCCUGUUCAGGCUGGAGUAAUUCCUUUAUUUAUGCAAAACAAAGAUGUCGUUGUUGAGGCUGUUACCGGUUCCGGGAAGACUUUAGCGUUUGUUAUUCCUAUUAUCGAAAAGUUGAUGCGUCGUGAAACACCACAAAAACACUCAAUUGGAGCUCUGAUUAUCUCUCCUACAAGAGAACUUGCACAACAAAUAUCAUCUGUUAUCGAUCUCUUUUUAAAAGACGGCGCGAUUGCCCUAAAACACGCUUUAUUUAUUGGUGGCGCAUCGGCUCUGCAAGAUGACAUUAAACGAUACAAAGAGUUGCGACCAGACAUUAUUGUCGGAACCCCUGGACGCCUGGAAGAUCUUGUGGUUGGGCGCGGAUCCUCAAGCGGGAUAAUAAACGCGAAAGAGAUGGAAGUGUUGGUCUUGGAUGAGGCCGAUAGACUGUUGGACAUGGGAUUUACUCAAUCCCUGAGUAAUAUUCUGGCUCAUCUUCCAAAACAAAGGCGCACGGGUUUGUUUUCUGCGACAAUGACUGAUGCGUUGACGGAAAUUGUGAGAGCUGGUUUAAGAAAUCCUGUACAUCUUCAGGCUAAAGUAGAAAGCAAUGCUUCAAAAGGCGAGCGGCGGACGCCGAUUACGUUAUCCAUCGGAUACAUCUUGUGCGAACCCCAUCAAAAACUGUCUCAGUUGUUGCGAUUAUUGGAGAGGGAAACUGUGACAAAGUUUAUAAUAUAUUUUGCCACAUGUGCAUGUGUUGACUAUUUCUUCAAGCUAUUUAAAGACUUGCCUCAGCUAAAAAAUUUCAAGAUAAAUUCGUUACAUGGACAGAUGAAGAGUAAAAAGCGGAUUGCCAAUUACAACACAUUCGUAAAUCUUCCGCCCACCUCAAAGGCCAUUUUAUUAUGUACAGACGUGGCUGCACGGGGACUUGAUGUUCCUGAUGUCGAUUUUGUAAUACAAUACGAUCCUCCACAGGACCCUAAAGUUUUCUCUCACCGUUGUGGCCGGACAGCAAGGGCAGGUAGAGGUGGAAAAGCGAUGGUUUUUCUAACAACAGGAAGGGAAGAGGUGUAUGUAGAAUUUUUGAAAAUUCGCAAAAUUCCUCUCCAGAGACAACCAUACCUGUUGCCCAAUGGUGGUGUGUAUAAAUUGGAUGAGGAUUCGGAUGAUGCAGUUCCCAAAGAAGAUGCAGACAACGAAAGACUAAUUGAACAAAUUAGGAACAUAAUAUUGUCCGACAGAGACUAUCACGAUAAGGGCACAAGGGCUUUUGUCUCGUAUGUGAGGGCGUACUCCAAGCAUGAAGCAAAUUAUAUAUUUAGGAUGAAGGAUCUUGAUAUGGGCAAAAUUGCCAAGGGUUUUGCAUUGUUACAGUUGCCAAAGAUGCCUGAACUGAAAGGUCGCAAUAUUGAGUUCGACAAAGUUCCAAUAGAGAUGGCAGAAUAUAAAUAUGCCGACAAAAACCGAGAGGCGGCACGAGUAAAGGAACUUGAAAAUCCCCGAGGGAAGAGGAGAAAUGAUCUAACCAACUCGUCUCUUCACAAUGCGUCAUCAUCUUUGUUUUCUCCUAUUCUACCAUCCCGCUCGGCAAAUCAAUCGGUAUUAGGCGUAGAUAUGUCAAUGAACACACAUCUUAAACUCGUAAAAAUGACAGUGAAAAACAAAGAUCCAGUCCACUUGGAUUCACUCAGUAUCCGUGGUAAUAAUAUCAGAUAUUAUAUCUUACCUGAUUCACUCCCGCUGGACACCUUGUUGAUUGAUGACACACCAAAAGCCAAGGCUAAAAAGAAAGAACGUAAGUGGGUGGGGAAGGAACAUGAUGUUUCCUAUGAUAGCAAACAGGAUAAGUGCAAAUACGGGUGCAGUUGGUGGCGGUUAUUGUGGGUUGGUGAUACUAUGGAGACAUAUAAGCAAUUGGACUCAUUAUCAUUUGCUUUCUGA